CCUGUCAGCUCAUAGCUGCUCAUAGCAUUCGAACGUGGAAUGCUGUUGCUGUUUGUUCUUAAUAUUAAUAUUAUUAUUUUUGUUUAUAACGAAGUGGACAAGUGUUAGGUAGAGUUCAUAUUGUUCCACGUUACUGAUAUUACGGAUACGACUUUCGUCACGUCACAGAGCAAAGGACGGAGAAUUCUGAUAUCGUCAAUCUAAUCGGAGUCAUCCACUCGAGAUGAUGAAUUUCGAAGAAGAAAAAGGAUCUAUGAGAUCCUCAUCACGAAAUAUUUGUUGUUGUCUCGCAACAGCUAGAUAUAACAGUUCAAAUGCAUAUAGAUAUUUCGUAGACCAUCCAGUCUGAAUAUAUUGUUGGCUGAAGUAGGCAAGAAAUAUGGAUGCGUUACAGAAUCAGAAUAAUCAUGAACUAAUUCACUGUAGAUAUGAUAAUAGUAAUAAUAACAACAGAUUAAGAGAAUAUGUUACUUUGGAUAAUCGUAGGGACGAUCCUCUCAGUCGACCAGAAGUAACUAUGAGUUUAAACGUUGGUUCAUCAGAAUUACCGCUUCAUCCAUUGGAAGAAUUGGAAGAAGAUAUGUUUGAUUAUGAUGCAGAUGCAUUGAUUCAAGAUAUAAGCACAGAAUCUGAGGAACAAGUUGUACCAUCCAGUCAAAUAAGUAAUAUUUAUAAAUAUCCAGAGGAACUUACCAUUUCUGAUGAUGAAAUAGAUGAGGGUAUAUUCGAAGAUGAACCAGUAUCUAAUUUAGUAUUACCUGAUGAAAAUAACAGACUUGAUUCUCAACCUCCAUGAAUACUUAUCUUGCUGUAGUUGAUAUGUUUGUAGCGUAGCACUUUGUGCUGACUUGCUAUCAAUGGCUAAUGUUAUACAGUAUUUCCAUCCAUCAGGAUCACAGAAUUCUGUGAUAGUAACAUUAGAAUAUUGAUUGAUGUUUUAUACAAGAAGAAAACAUUCCAUAUGUUAUCUCAAUUUUCAUCCAACUGUAAUUUGAUGUGCAACCAAGCACAAAUUAAUUGUAUGAAUUUUAACAUAAGUUCUUUUCAUCAGUGAGAAUGUAUCAAUGAAUGAGAAACUUUGUAAUGUUUGUUAAUGUCUUUAUCAUAUUGAUAUAAAUUUUAUUUUGGAUUUUAUUA